AUGCAGUCUGCAAACGAAACCUAUCUUGGGCUGGACCUAAGCACCCAAAAGCUAAAAGCCGUUUUGCUGAACGCAAAUCUGGAGAAUGUUGCACACGCGGAAGUGAAGUUUGACUCAGACCUGCCUGAAUUUCGAACCACCGGUGGCGUGAACGCAGGAACGGCGAAAAAUGAAUUUUACGUCCAACCGGUCAUGUGGAUCAAGGCGCUCGAUAUGGUACUGGACCGGAUAGUCGUACAGGGUGCCGACCUAAGCACCGUCGUCGCACUGAGCGGUUCCGCACAACAGCACGGUUCCCUCUACUGGUCACGGUCCGGUAUCGAAACGCUCCGCAAUCUAGACGCGGACAAGUUUCUCCACACGCAGCUAGACGAUUCCGCCUUCACCGUCCACCGGACACCAAUCUGGAUGGAUGGUACAACCGGGCGGCAGUGCGAGGAGAUGGAAACCGGGGUCGGUGGCCGGGAGCGCAUGGUGCAGAUAACCGGUUCCCGGUGUUACGAACGGUUUACCGGGCCACAGAUAAGGCGCAUCUUUCAGCAACGGCCCGACUGUUAUCGCAACACGGAGCGCAUAUCGUUGGUGAGCAGCUUUCUCGCGUCCGUCUUUCUUGGCGAUGUGGCGCCGAUCGAUUGUUCGGACGGGUCCGGGAUGAAUCUGCUGGACGUGCGUACCCGGGACUGGUCGGACGAAUGUUUGGCCGCGUGUGCGCCCGGGUUGCGUGCGAAGCUGGGUGAACCCGUGCCGGCUGCUACGAUCAUCGGUGCGAUUGGUUCGUUUUUUGUGCAGCGUUACAACUUCAACACGGCCUGCCGGGUGGUGGCGUUCACCGGGGACAAUCUGUCGGCGCUUGCCGGAAUGAACGUGGGAAAGGACUGGUUAGCUUUGUCGCUCGGUACGAGCGACACGGUGAUGAUGAAGUUGAACGCGCCAUCGAAUCUGCAGGAGGGUCACGUGAUGGUACACCCAACGGAUGAUGGUUUUAUGGGUUUGCUGUGCUUCCGGAAUGGUUCGCUGGUGCGCGAUAUCUUCAAGCGUGCCGAAGCAAACGAUAAUUGGGAGAAUUUUAGCGAACUGCUCGACUCAACACCCCGUGGCAACUUUGGCAACCUGGCGCUACACUUCCUCUCGAAGGAAAUACUACCCCCGGUGAAGGGAUCGCUGCGCUGGAACAAAAACUCCAACCUGACCAGUGUGGAACUGGCAAAGGGCGUUCUCAAGUACAGCUCACCGCAGACCGAAAUUCGCGCCCUGGUCGAGGGACAAAUGCUAACGCGGAAAACGUAUGCAACCGAGAUGGGAUUUAGCUUUGGCGAGAAUACGAAGAUACUAGCGACCGGUGGUGCAUCGGCCAACCGGUCGAUUCUGCAGGUCGCGUCCGAUGUGUUUAAUGCGCCCGUAUACACGCAAAGAACGACGGAGGCAGCACUGAUCGGGGCUGCGUUUCGCGCGAAGUACGUGCUGAGCGUAGCGCGCGCAAAGGAAAGCCCGUGCGGCGACGGCAAGGGUGUGACGAAUGCGCCUGGACCGUACUAUGACUUCAUUGCCAAUCUGCUGCCUCACUCGGUAACGCGUGUGUGCGAUCCGAGCAAGGAUAGUGAGGAAAUCUAUGGUGCAAUGGUCGAGCGAUACCGGGCUAUGGUUAGCUUCAUGAUGGAGCAGCAGGAUUAG